UCUUUCUCACUGUUUGUUGCUGUAUAAUGCGAGAGGACAGGCACAGCAUAAUGUAUGAUUAACGGGAAAACCGCAAACGAGGUGGGCAUCAGCGCCCGUCGCCUACAUUGAACGGAUGAAUCGUUGACUCUUGAAAUAGUCGUAGAGUAAGACUCGUCAUAAGGUAUCGUGGGACAGAGUCAUCGGCGUCAAUGCGAGCCCGAUGAGAGUGCAUUCGAGUCGGAAGCAAUGGGAGGGUCGACACCAGCAUUCGUUUUGACAGCCGCGCGCUCUUCCGUAUCGAUUUUCUUCAAAUAAAUCCAGCAUUGCAAAAAUGAUCUCUUCACCAUGACAGCAGCGAACUCAGUCAAAAAAAACAGAGGGUACGGGGUACAAAAGGACAAUCAUUGAUACAGACCGAUUUCGGUUCACGUGGCGAGAGGCGAUGGGCACAUGUGUCCUGGAAUCGGAUUUUGGUUUCACCCUUAACUGUGCCUUCAAAAAAUCCGGACUCUUCCGUGUACGAAAUCUCGGUGGUGUCAAAGGCUACGUUGGCCUCGGAUUCACCGUCGGCGAUGAGCUCGGCUUUAGAGAAUCCUUGUCGAAUUUGGAGAGCAACAAAAGACGGAGCGUACAAACGCGAGGAAAUUUCAUACCGAUAGCUCCGGUGAACGGGGUCACGAUAAAACGAGAUGACAGGGAUCGUGGAAUCGGUCAAGUCACCCGACAAUCAGGUUCAGUGCCACCUUUCAAGCCUCUGCCACCGAGUGGCGUCCGUCCAAUGGGCCAACAGCCGGAACGUCAGAGGCUGAUGGUCGUGCAACAAAACUCGACGGCCCUGAAGAUGAUUCCAGCUCCGUCAUUCGAAUCGUUGCAACAACACGAGGCUGCUAUUCGUAAGCAACAACAAGCCCAAGCACAAAAACUUCAAACGCAACAGCAAGUCCAAACGCACGUCCAGCAACCUACUCAGGCACAACAGAAUCCGAUCUCAGCCCAACAGCAGGCCAAAGAUCAAGAAGCUCGCUUGAGACAGCAACAACGAAUUCAACAAGAAGCUCUCGCCCUUCAAGUUCUCAAGCAACAACGUAACCAACAACAAGAGGCUAUGAGGCAACAGCAAAUUAAAAAAUUGGCUCAACAAAACCUGCAACAGCAACAAAUCAUCGCACUGCAGACUAAAAGGGUUCAGGUUCCACAACAGACAAAUCCAAUCGUGGAAUCUCCAGUUUAUUCACACGCCAUGCCUAAUCCGGUGUCUUCGAAUCCAGAUCUUAUUGCACAACGCAAACCAGUAGCAACGAGCAACGGUGGCUUACCAGCUUUCGUCGCGAUGCCACAAUCCUCGUCUCAACUGACCGAUAGAAUCAGCAACAGUCCAACUCUGCUUGAAGAUUCGGUCAACGAAGUAUCGAAGGACGAUUACGCGCCUUUGGCAAUCCCGAGCGAAGAGGCUGCAGCUUCCGUGAACGAGAUGACCUUACAAUCGCUGCAUCCGUUUCCAUCUGCCGAAGCUCUAAAAUCUCCGCAUGAGAUGCAAAAUGACAAACGACAAGCCGUGUCCAACUUGCCGUCGUUGGCGCCGAUCCAAGGAAUGGAAACCUCGCUGAAAGCACUCGCCGAGGCGAGUAACAUAACCCUCGAGGCUCUGGAAGCUGCGAUUUUGUUGAGACAGCAACAGUUGAUGGAAAAGCAACAAGAACGAGUCAUAACGACGACAACGACGAUGCCGACCCCGGUGAAAACCUACAACACCGCGGGAAUAACAAAAGUUAUGAACGCACCUCGCGAGUAUUAUCCCAACGGAUACGAUAAAAAUUUCGAUGACAAUUUCGCCAGUCGUGUUGAUUUGCCCGAUACGAGUUUCUAUUGCGGGGAUCAAAAACACUUUCCUGGUUUAUACGCUGACGAAGAUCUCGGUUGCAUGGUCUUCCACGUUUGUGCUCUGACCGACGAAGGCCUCAUAAUGAAGAGUUUUCUUUGUCCUGAAUCAACCCUCUUCGAUCAAACGAUUCUCAAGUGCAAUUGGUGGUUUUACGUGGAUUGCAAAUCGUCUAAGAAUCUUUACGACAGCAAUAUUCCCAUAAGCAAAAGUUAUCAGCUGAUGAAAGCUCUCGCUUUCUUCUCGGCGUACAAAAAUCACGACGGCAAUGCUACUAACGUCGAAGAAUCUUGAGGCUUAUCGUCAUCGGUUGUGAUUCUCUCAUUCGAAUAGUUCGAAAAUUAUAUUCUCAAUGAAAAUUCUACUGCAACGAACCUCAAUGACGAAUCAAUCGAUUUAUAUUUUUCGAUAGAUUUUGUCAGCAUGAAAUUUAGGUAAUUUUGUUAACGACUAUUAGGAAAAACCUUUUCGGCACAAAUAACAACAAUCCUCUCUACGCCUCUACUCGAAAACAACUCUGCUCCUAAAAUCUUAACUCCGAAAUUCAUAACAACUCUACGUCCACUCGUGCAUAAUCAAUCCAUGAUCUUCGAUAUCUCUACACAUGACGAGGCAUGAUCUGAAAUCAUGCAUCAUGAGUAGAGAUAUCGCGUGGAUCGAAUAUCGCACCGGAAUUGAUAUGUUAAGGAGGGUCGACGUCCUCUGCGUAGAUCCCCAAUUAUUAAGGAGCGGAGUCGUUAUCGAGAAUGACUACCGAUGGAGUUGUUAAAUAGCAGCUAUUUAUAACUAUGCUCGUCGCAGUUCUACUCGAUAACGCAACUCCUCUCUUUAAACGUGUAUUUGGAGGAGAACUGUUGUUGAAUCGAUUUACCGAGAGUAGAAUCGUUGACUCGCUGCAACCUGACUCGACUCUUAUAAAUCUACUCGAUAACAUUUCCACUCUAAGGUGUUUUAUUUUAUGCACGAAUAACGUCUUUACUCUUUAACAUGUGUAGGUGGAUAACUCAGAUUAUUAAUGACGAAAGAGGAGACAUAUAUUGGAUUUUGUAUUGAUUUAGCAAAUUUGAGAGUAGGGCUGUUUGGAGCAGCGUUGCUUUUGAGUAGAGUCGUAAAGAGAACAGUUGUUAUUCUGUCAAACCUUUCUUCGUCGUUAGGACUGGGAAAUCGAGAAACAUUUCUCAGCGACUGCGGAAUUUAACAGCUCGGAUAUUUACGAAAAGACAGAAAAACUAUAUUAUAUAUCAUUUUCCUCGCAUCCUCGCGGCUACUUUGAGUCCUUUUAUUUAAAACUCGCCACAUAUUCGCCGAUCCUUUUCAGCUCAUUUCGUCAAAAGUUUCCAAGGUGUUUGAUCCCUUUUGACUUUGGUUAAUUAUCACCAAGAUACGCGCUCAGGCCCCUUGCCUUUAACUUUAAGUUGUACAUAGAAUAAACGAUAAUUUAUUUUUAUAAACUUUUUCAAUUGUUCGAUGUAUAUAUAUAUUCGCGUGGAGGAAUAAAUUUGAAAAAAAAUGAA